ACAUUCACCUUCCAUAUAUCUAUACAUCUAUGAUCCAAGUCAAAGCCAAUCUUCACACAGAAAACUUAGAUACAUAGCUUACAAGUUUAGUAUUGGAGGAGGAUUUUCAAUUUCAACAAUGAUGCCAAUUAAUGAGGCCACAAUAUCUAGCUCCACAAAUGAUUUUCAAGAACUGCACAUGUUUCCUGUGGCAGUGAAUGAAUAUUUGGUUUCACCUUCUCUUGAAGCAAGCUCUUCCUCAGCUUCACACUCUUCAAACUCUCUCCUCUUCCACCUCUUACUUCUCAAGGACAAGCUAGGUCAACUCCAAAACCUAGUUGAUGUUCUUGUCUCCCCUCAACAAAACCUACCCGAGUCAACUCCAACGGCAAUCUCCACAAUCAACAACGCAAUCCAAGAAAUCAUAAUGGCAGCCACUUCAAUGAGAUUCACCUGCCAACAAAUGAUUCCUAGUUCCUCUUCAGGUACUAAUACUACUAAUGAAUUGCAGCAGCAACAAAUUGAUCAUGGUAGAUUAUUACCACCACAUCAUGAAUCAAACUUUGUACACAACAAUAGGGGUGUGGCUAGUAACAACAUUAACAUAGUCUCAGAUAUAAAUAGAGGGCAAAGUUUCUUAUUAUCAUCUAGUAUUGAGGGAGAGGCAUUGGAUUGGUUUGCUGAAAGCUACAAUAAUAAUAGAAAUAGUGGUAAUUAUUGUAACCCUAAAGAUGAUGAAGCAGCCAACAUUAUUAGCAACAUCAUGGGGGAGAUGAGUGACAUAAUUGAAUUGGAUGCUGCGGAUUUGUUGGCAAAGUACUCAUAUUUUUGCCAAGUGUGUGGGAAAGGGUUUAAGCGUGACGCCAAUUUGAGGAUGCACAUGAGAGCUCAUGGGGAAGAGUACAAAACAAGUUCAGCCUUGUGCAACCCAAUGAAAAACAACAAGGAGAACAGUAAUUUGUUGUUAUUAGGUGCAGAAGAAGGAAGUGGUGCCACAAAGAGAUACUCGUGCCCUCAACAAGGGUGUAGGUGGAACCAAAGGCAUGCCAAGUUUCAACCCUUGAAGUCAAUGAUUUGUGCCAAGAACCAUUACAAGAGGAGCCACUGCCCGAAGAUGUACGUGUGCAAUAGGUGCAACCAGAAACAUUUCUCGGUGAUUUCUGAUUUGAGGACACACGAGAAGCACUGUGGGGACCCCAAGUGGCUGUGCUCGUGUGGCACUACGUUUUCAAGGAAGGACAAGCUUAUGGGCCAUGUUGCUUUGUUCGUAGGGCACACCCCAGUUACUAGUGGCUUGUCAUCAUACUCAGGAAAAUCAGAACAACUGUAACAUUGUUGGUCAUUGCUACACGU